AUGGUCCGUGAGAAAGUAAAGGCGAAAAAGGCAAGGCAUAGCCCAGACCAGGUAAAGAAAAAUUAUUUCGUUUUUGCAGGGUUUUCCAAAAUAUAUUUUGUUGUUGUCCUUUUGUUGAUGGUAAACUUUCUCAUCGAUGAAACAAAUUUUCAACCUUUAGUGCUUUAGUUUGGAAGAGGACAAUAAGAGUGGUCAAGAAUUGAUGGACGAACAAAUGCUAUACGACGAACAAAGUCAACAAACUAAAGAAAAUACAACUGAAAACAUGGAGUCUCAUAAUAUGGAGUCUGAAAACAUGGCGUCUUUGGAAACUAUGCUCGAAACAGAGGACAUAUCAGAUGGUAUGUGUAUUGCCCAAACCUUGUCUCUGCACUAGGGGCAGCGUCUGUAACACUAAAUCAGUUCCCUCAAUAUUUCUUACAAAUUCUUCAAAACUUAGAAUUUACCUUUGCAAAAUUCCUACUGUGAUCACAGAAACUUUGAUAGUGUAAACCAUCCUUUAUAACACUCAGUAAGUUUCCUCAAACAUUUCUUACAAAUCCUUCAAAACUUAGAAUUUACCGAUGCAAAAUUCCUACUGUGAUCACAGUAUAGUGUAAACCAGCAGUAAGAGAUGGUAACAAGCCACAGUCAGUACUUUUUGUAAUUAAGUAAUUUACUCAUAAGUAAUUUACUCAAAUACGUUUCCUAGUUUGUCUACAUAACUAGGAAACAAUGAUUCCGCAAUGAUUGCCCUUAAUCUUUGGUUUAUAAUAGACUGGGAAUGCCAGUGGCGGAAAUCACUUUUCCGGUGGCGGCGCAAACCCUUGUGAAUUAAAAAAAAACUUCUUCCACACUUCCGACAAACCUCAAUUUUCACUUAAAAAACUGGCUGAACGUCUGUACAUCACUUUUAGCCUUUUGACCCUUUUAGAUCAACAUUUCCGGCAAAUUGUCUAUUUUACGUAAAAGUAUGGUGGUGGGGAAAAUGCCCCGGCCCCCCACCGCCCCAGGAAAAUAAUUGAUAUGCAAGCAAUUAAACCUUUCUCUCGCAAAUUGCACGUCAGGAUGAUCCGAUUCAAAGCUACUUUCUUCCUCGUAUAACUUUUAUAUAAAAAGUGAAAUAUUUAAAGCAAAUUGAAACAGCGUGGCUUGUGUGUCGCUGUAUCACUUUCCGGUAAAAUUAUAAACAGAAUUCAAUAUCUUUAUAGGCUACAGCCGCCACCGCAAAAUAUUGACCCAAGUUUUAAUAUAAAAUCGUAAUUGCUAGAAACUAUGCCAUUUACACAUUAUUACCAUAGGCAGCCCACUAAACGACUGAAUUUAAGUUAAAACUGCAGUGAAAUUAUAAAAUUUAACGAAAAUAAUCACAAAUUAAUAGCGAAACAUAUUGCGAAAUGUAGCUUACAUUAAAUCGCCACUCGAUUGCAAUUCACUGCAGUUUUAAUUUAAAUUCAGUCGUUCAGUGCGCUGCCCACGUUAUUAGAAGCAAAUUUCGAGCGUUUAUAUAGAAGUAUGAUUCAUGCCUGUUAAAAGAUAGCUGAUUAGAAAUCCCGGGAGGGGGGGUGGGGGGUGGGUGAAAAUUCCCCCAAAAGAAUUCGUGCAAAGAAAAAUGCCUCGAAAAAAAAUUCGUGCAGCCAUUACGUCAGAGAAAAAAAAUUCGUGCAAGCAAACAGCAAAGUACAAAUAGUCUCGAAAAAAAAUUCUUGCAGAGGUUAAAUGCAUUAAAAAAAAUCCUGCAGAGACAGGAGACUGAAAAAAAAUUCGUGCCGCAAACAAUUUAUCCCCCCCCUCCCGGGAUUUCUAAUGGUUCGCCCCUUAUUAACCCUUGCCCAACUUAAACAUUUGAAAGAAGAUUUCAAACAUUAUCUUGAGAAGUCUGUGUCAGUGUAGAUAGUGCCAAUAAUAAGAAAGCGUAGGAUUAAUAGGGAUACAACUACCUGGAAAAUACAAGGAGAACUUCGACGUAAAGCCCUGGGCAAAUUAGGAAACAUUCUUGUGGAAACAUUUGUGAUUCUCGAUGUUUCCUCAAAUGUUUCCCUGUUUGCCCACCCCUGGAAACAUUGUUGCGUAAACAAAAUUUGCUUCCCGAGAAGCAAAAAUGUUUCCUAGCGAAUUCAGAAACAUUUGAUGUUUCCUAUGUUUCUCACUAUAAUGUUUCCUAGUGUUUGUCCACUCUGGGAAACAUGGCGAAACAUUUGUAGGAAACAAUGUUUCCGCAACAAUGUUUCCUAGUUUGCCCUGGGCUUAAGUCCGAGUGAGUUGUCAGUGAGCUCUAUGUGUAUCUGGAGCAAGACCUUCAGUCAUUUGGCCUAUGAGAAAAGUGAAGUGAAGGAGCAUCUGUUCCAGUCCCUUUCCAUUGUUUUUGUCUGCGCGGUUAACAUGAAGCUGGUUUCACUUUUUGCACUCGAGUUCUCGCUCCAUAGAUAUAUAUAUAUAGAGGGUGUCCACCCUUUGGUGAAGGUGAAAUUCAAGAACUUUUCCAGGAUUUUCAAGGCCCUUUUUCAGUAAAUUCAAGGACUUACAACUGGGAAAAAUCUUUGAAAAUGGCACGGAUUUGCCGUAAAUAAUCAACUUUAUUCAGUAAUUUUGAUCAAAGUCACUAAUGUUGGCACAGCUGGAGGUUACGGAAAUUAAUUCCAGGACUUUCAAGGACUUCUACUGAUUUUCAAGGACUUUCCAGUCCUGGAAUUUUUUUCCAAUUCAAGGACUUUCCAGGAUUUUCAAGGCCCGUGGACACCCUGUAUAUAUAUAUGGAGCUCACCUCGGUGCUCACUGGUAGUUGUAUCCGUAUUAAUCCGAAGCUUUAUUCUUUCUCGCGCUAGCUUCCGCACAAUUAGAGGAAUACAGUCAGAGGUAUGAUCAAGAUGAAGAAAUGGCACAAUGUGUUCCCGAGUUCGUCGUUUACACUCCAGUUGAAACGAAACCCAAGGUCACAGAAGUAAAACACAGGCCACGAAUGAAGUUUACUCCUAAACGCAAAAGUCCAGAAAAAGCACCAAGACGAAAGAUUAAGCCAUCAAAAAACUCUGCGUCCGUUACACCACACAGCCCACGUAUUAAUGGUGAAUCUGUAAGUAAUCGUUUGUAGGAAGGUGUCGUCAACGCAUUUCGUGUCGACUAGAUGUCCAGUAAGAGCUAUUCUAUAUAUGCUACUACUGGAAGAAACCGCGUUCACCAAAUCAGGGAUGGAUCAACUGGACUCUGUAUCUAGAUGGCAACCAUAGAAAAUCUGUUGUGUUUGGUGACUCAAAUUGGAAUCUCAGGCAUUGUACGUACACAUAUAUAAUUCUGGAAUCUUUUAUAUACAGGAAGAUGAAUUUCCCAAGGCAAAGAAAGAAGGAACAUGGAUUCAAUGUUCAAAGAUCGACUGCUUAAAAUGGAGAAAACUGCCGAACGAUAUUGAACCAAGUUUGAUGCCGGAUCGUUGGGUCUGUGCUAUGAACAAAGGUAAACUCCACGAUUACAACAGCGCCUUUUGCGGAAAGAGUGAUUUCAGUUUGAUUCUAUCAAACACCACAACUUUCUACAGGGAAAAUAAGGACAAAUUAUUUAGGGAGUGAUUCUUACUGAACUUCUAAGGAGAAUAGUUUUAAAAGAACUGAUAGAGUUAUCCAUGGCCUUUAGAUUGGCGAGCAGAAUUUGAUUGCGGCAGAAAAUUUCUAAAUCCCCAAGCAACCCAGAUGACCUACGAGAUGCCUGCGGAGGAUGCUAGUCCAGCAUAAAUACAGUUAGUUUAGUUUUAAAGUUGUCUUUCUGUAGUAGCACUGGACCAAUAAGAGAUGAUCCUUACUUGUCCCCAGGGAAGAACAGUCACAGCUGAAGAAGCUAUCAUGUAUAAAUAGAUAGACUUUAGUUUUAUUUUGCUAUGUUAUGUUUUAGAUUUGACGCGGACAGAGUGUACAGCAUCGCAAGAAACAUGUGAUAGUCAAUUAGAUUUUGAUGUAGUCUAUACACCAUUUGUAGCUGGCUCGUUGGUUUGGGCUAAAGUGCCGGGAUAUCCAUGGUAUGUUCUUACCAUUAAUAUGCCAAGUACAACUCUUGUGAUAAAUUUUGAAAGUUUUAUAAAAUUGUAUAAGUACAACUCCACGGGAUAAAUUUUCAUUCUUUGUUAUAAAGGUGGCCAGGAAUGGUUGAAGAUGACCCCGACUACAAAUGUUGUUAUGAAACUGAUGAGAGUAAUGUUAAUGCAGUAUGUAUAGUUGCCACAGCAACUCACUCAUAGUACACUAGGAAAAGGGCUCGACAGCCUUAUACGUAGCAUCCUUAAGAAAACGAGUGCACCUCACACGAUCUCACAUUUAUUUCCAGAUAAGUUAUCAUGUUUCGUUCAUUUUUGACAAAGACGUUUCACGAUCCUGGGUCAGCUAUCUUGGUAUACGAAACUUUGACGGGACAGAAAACCCAAACGAGGUAUAGUACAGAAACAGAAAAAGCUUGGGAUUGGUCAAUAAUUAUUCAAAGAUCGAUUAGCGUUAUGUCUCCUGUUUAUAUGAAAUUAAAACGUCAGAAAAUGAAUUUUCGACCAAAAUGAAUUUUCGGCAAUACUGUUCCUUUUAGACUGGUCCAAAACAGAAGAAGUGUGCAAAACCUUUGGCAAGAGCGUUGAUACAGGCCAGGAACGCGAUAGAUUUGUCCUUAGCAGAAAGAAUAAAAAAAUACAGUUUCAACGUGUUGUAUAAAGGCCAGAUUGGCUCUGAAAUGGGUAAGUGUUUGUGAACUAGGAAAAUGACAAACUUGCAGACUAUCAACAUACUUAUAUAAAAUGUUAUUAUUGGAGUUACGCUUUGGCAUAGGUUUAGGAAUGGUUUUGGAUAAGAAAUCUUUGUAUUGAAACUGUGUUAAAAUGGGGAUUUUUCCAAUACUUUCAUCUUUCUUAGAUGAGAAACCUCGCAAGACAAAGAAACGAAAACAACCGAAGACAAGUCCAGAGCAGAGUAAUCCAAAGAAAACGAAAGCUAUCAAACCUGACAAGAAAAUCAAACGCCCGAGCCUCACAGAUAGUGAGAAAAGCAGUGAAAAUUCACAAAGUAUUGUUAAAAAGAAAGUUAAGAAAACGAAAAGAGUUUUAGCAUCCAGCGAUGAAGAAGAGAGCGGAAAAGAGAUGGCUACUGAUGGUAUGUUUUUAGAAAAUAUUUUUCUUAUUUACCACAACAAUAUCGGCGGAGUAAAGCGCGCAUCGAGCAUAUUCAUUGUCAUGUAGCUAAUCGUCGAAAGGGAGUUAGACUAUGCUUAGAUAACUAGCUUAAUAAUUUUGAAGUUGUUACCAGUAGCUCCCAUGAGUUAUUAAAUAUUUAAUUCACUCCCUGUACAUGAUUUUUGGUACUAUCAGUUUCUUUCUAUCCUUAUUAAAGAUUUUUCCUGUACUUUGCUUAGCUCCAACAAUCAACAACGACACCAGUAUAACCCGCGCUGAAAAUUCAGACGGCAAGGAAGACUCGGUAGCUAAGACAGAAGAAAUACAACGUAGUCUUGAAAUACAACCGGAAGCAGAGGAAGGUAAUAGUCAAAGCGCAAUAACCAAAGACGAAGUGUCCCCACAAAAUAGCCUGAUUGACAAGGCUAGCAGCGGAGACAAUGAGGAAAGCCAAAAGGGCAAAGUGAAAAGUACAAAGAAAAAUAGACCAGCCAAAACAAAGAAUGAAGGUAAUAACUAUGGUACGGUGUUGAUGGCAAAGUGGUACAAUAGUGAAUGGGUCUUUUGCCUUUACGACCUAGCUUUGAUACCUGUAAUUUACUGUUGUAAUGAUGGUAGUUUCUCAUUCAUGUGCUUUCAAUCGCACUAACACUGACCCAAAUAAGGGAUUCCUCUUGCAGGACCUCAAGAGAGAACGGUUUAGAACUGAUAGAACUAUUCGGUAGAGAUAAGUUAGUAACACUGGACCAAUAAGAGAUGUUCCUUACUGAAAUUUAUGGUCGUAUAACAGGACAUGUUGAAUUUUUAGUCCCCAAGAAGAAGAAGAAGCGUAAGAGUAUCACAUCUGAGGAGGAAGAAAAACCAACUCAACCAAAAAGUCCUAGCAAAAGCACAAGUCCAGAUCAUUUGAAAGUCAAAAAGAAAAAACUUAAGAAAUCAGAAGAUAAACCAACCAACAAAUCUGAGGGUAGGAAGUCAAAGAAGAAAUCGAAGUUUGUAAAUCCAGGUGAAGCUAAGUCAGCAAGUGUUUUAAAUGCAAGUAAUGCCAGCGAUGAAUGUGAUGCUAAAGAUACAAGUACUCUCAGGGAAAGGAUUUUGGAGGCGCUUUCCAGAGAUACAAGCACUGAAAGUAGCAUGGGUGGAUUUGCUAACGAUACAAGUAAUGACAGUAGUGGACUUGUUAAUGAUACAAGUAAUGACAGUAGUAUGGAUGACCUAACCAAAGAUACUAGUGAAGAAAUCAGUCAUACUGAGGAACCCAAUACAACCUCAGAUGAAUCUCCAGUUAAAGAAACAGCGAAAAGAAAUUAUUCCAAGGAAUCUGGCGAGAACAAGAAACCUAAGCCAAAGAAAAAGAAGCCAGCCAAAACAACCAAUGAUAGUAGUGCAACCAAAGAUUCAACCGAGAUCUCUGCAGUGAAGCCAAAGAAAUUUGAAUUGACAUUCGCUAAGAAAAGCAAAUCCACAAAUGAAAAAAAAGUCAAGAAAGUUAAGAAGAUAAGUACUCCCAAGACAUCUGGUAAAAAAAAUGGAGGAGCAAAUGAGGAAGAAUUUGGUAAGUACAUUACUCAUAGAGGAUAGGUCUGUUCUGCUUGGAGAUCUAGUAAUAGCCAUACCUUGUUGGUCCAGUGGUUCUACACGAGGAAACCGGAGUACCUGGGAAAAACCUGUGGUAUUUGGAAGAACUCUUCUCUCAUGUAACUGAAGUGAAAUUAUAUUCAACUAACUGCAUAUUGCAGAAAUCAAACCCCUGCAUUGGCACAGAUGUGAAAGGCAAAUAUGUAGAUUCGAUUCAUUUUUUCAUUUCACUGUAUUCAAAUUUCCAAUACAGCAUCAUCAUCAGAGAUAGCUCUUGAAGGCAGCAGUAUAAAGCCUAAUAAUACAAAGACAACCAAACCUCCAGGUGAUGGGCAGAAGGCCAAGACAACAAGCAAAGUCAAAAAAUUGAAACAAACAUUUGGUAAAUUUAAAGCUCCAUUGAAAGCCAGUUCUAAAGUCACACCUGCAGCAAAAGUCCCGAGAUUGAAAGCAAGCAAAGAUGCGAAAUCAAGGGAGGAAGCAAAGAAGACCCUGGAAGAGGUUUUAGACAUUCCUUCAUCAGAUGAUCCCCGCAAAAAUCCUGAAAACUACGUUAACAUCGGUAUGUGAAAACGAGGAAUUAAUUGCACUAAUACUGUUAGCAAUGCACAGACGUAAUCUUUGCCAGAUGGUCUGGGGUUUUGGUUGAGGUUGGAUUGCGUUAAACUGCGGUUUGGUAGCGGUUAGGAUGUGGUUUGGUAUGCCUAGUAUGCUUAGGUUCGGUUGCAGUUAGACUGUGGUUCUAUUGCCGUAUAUUAACCACGUUAGGUUAUUUCGGUAAUGUACCGACAAGAGCAAUCUCUGUCGUCAACUCUAUUAAGAUAGAUGUAUUUUAUUUUAGAUUCGUUGGAAAAAGACAUCAGUAACCUUUAUCAAGAGCUUUCUGAGAACGCAGCAGCAUCUACUGGUGCUGCUGAGGAUGUUGACGAUGUGACUGAAGCUAGUGAUUGUGUCACUAUGGAGUUCUUGGAUGAAGAAAUUUCUGGAAAUAUAGGAAAUUCUGAGAAAAUCCCUGCGAGACGACUGACCGAUUCACCUGAAUUUUGA